ACCGGCCACUGUGAGUCUACCCGCUGCCCCUCUUGUCCUGUCACUCCUCGAUCAAUCGCAGCAAAGUCGGAAGCACCAGCAGCAGAAGCAGCGGCAGCAGCAGCACUCUGCAUCUCACCAGCCUCCAAAACCUUCCGAGGUUCUUCAUCCUUACCCUCCCUCGUCCCAGUCCGCUUCUAUUGGCCCUUCGGUCACAGCUCCUAUCAUCCCGCACUACACCCCUGUGGAGCCAAUCCCUCCAUCUCAUCUUGCUAGCGUCUCCUCUCGUCCCCUGGUCCCAUUUCACUCACAAUGGUUCUCGAAUCCAUCUUUGGCUCAAAGUCCACAUCAGCCUCAUCACCAGCAGCGUCAGGUCCGUCAUCAGAGCGGGAACCUCUUCUGGCUAAUCUAGGAGGAGAGCGUCCAGGAGCAGCAGGAUACGGUACAGCGGGACCUUCGCAACGAUUCGUUGUGCCGAAGCCGCCCAGGAUCAAGACGCCAGUGAGGGUAGAGACAAAGGUCUGGUUGGCCAACGAGCGCACCUGGAUCUCUUGGCUACACGUCUCCCUUUUAAUCGGCAGUUUCGCCCUCGCCCUCUUCAACUCCUCUUCCUUUUUCUCACACCACCACCCCGACCUUCCCGAAGACCCUACCCAUCCCAAACACCCCAAGCGUAACCCUCCCCUCAACCCAGGAACCGUAAGGGCAUUUGCACUAGUGUAUGCGGGAAUUGCAGUAUUGACAUUGAGCUGGGGACUGGGGAAUUAUCUGAGGAGGGUGCAUUUGAUCAAGACGAGGUAUGCGGGCAGCUUUGACGAUCUCAUCGGACCACCCCUCAUCUGCGCCGCCCUAUUCAUUGCUGUACUCCUCAACUUUAUUGUCCGAGUGCAAGAACACAACCUCGUGCCGGCCCUAUGAGCCAGCCUCCUUUUUCUGCUGCUGCCACGCGACAUACUUGAUACACAUACACAUUUGCCAAUGACAUAUUGCUAUUGCUGGAUUCGACAAAGGGCACUACGCUUCUAGUAUGCAGCGUAUGCGUAU